AUGGAGUUUCAUCAUGCUUUCUCUGACUUCAUACAGGCUGAGUCCGCAUACUACGUCUCUUCCAACAUUUGCCAACCUGUCACACGCCCUGAACAGCUGUCUGUUGCAGAGCUCCUGGGCGCGCGGAAGACGACCUUCUUUGUGAGCUACUUCUGGGGCCAACCUUUUGAGCAGUUGGUGAGAGCCCUCGGGUUGCACGCAACAACUUAUGACUCUGAAGAUGCACCGAAGAGCGAGUUUGGGUACUGGGUUGAUUGCCUGAGCAAUAACCAAUGGCGAGUCGAGGAGGAACUUGGUGAUGGCUUGACUUGCGCAUCAUUCUAUCUGGCUCUGCGAUCUCCUUCUUGCCAGGGAUUUUGUCUAGUGCUGGACGAACAGGCCACACCUCUCAUGAGGGGUUGGGCACUCCUGGAAGUGGCGCAAAGCUUUCAGCGCCAAGAGGACUCUGGAACGUUCCAAAUCAGCCUGUGUAGCCAUCAAGGAGUCGUCGGGGAGGGCGGUUGCAGUGGGGAUGAACGAGCCGUGCGCAAACAGUGGAGCGAGGAAGCUGGCGUCAGCUUGGCUUACCUGCUAUCAGACGAGUUCCUGACGUUGGCGCAGGAGCGAAGCCACAAAGAGGAUCCAUCCUUCGAUGAAUUGGUGGAGGCCCUCGUGUUCGGUGAUCUGAAGGUCGGCCAGGACAGCUUGUGCCCUCGUGAUAACCAGCCUGGUUGCGCAUUCGUGGACGCACUGGACAUCAUGCACCAAGGAAAGGCAACGCACAUGCUGUCGUGGUCUUGGGCUUGUCCAAUCUCGCAAGUGCGCAGCGCCCUGCUUUGGUGGAUGACUGAGGAUGAGCAGGAUCCGAACAGCGUCUUCUUGCACAUGUCUGCAUUUGUGGUCAAUCAUUACAGGUUUCCUUCAAUCUACAGCCAUUUUGAGGACAUACAUAUAUCAAGGUGGACUGCCGACCUCCUCCGAAUAGGUAGCAUGGUGGUGCUGCUCGACACUUGGGACACGCCCGAAUAUUUGGGCAGCCUUAGAACUGUCUCUGAGCUUGUGACAGCACUCGGGACCGGAAUUCCCGUGCGUUUCAUUUGGCCUUCCACGUCACAGGACGAACUCCAGCAGGAGUUGCAAAAAGGAUGCGCGUCUGUCUUGCGAGUGGCAGAGUCGCUUGGCAGAUUCGCCGUGGAGAAGGUUCUUGAAAGUCAUCAGCAGGACGGCAACUGCGGCAGACUGAGGAUGAUCUGGCGAUGGCCAUUCGAAGAGACGGACAAGAAUGUGCGGUCGCUCAUGCUGAGCAUGGGCGGCCAGCUCGUGGGAGAGGCGCUUGAGCGCAAGCGUCAAAGUGAAGAGGCCGGCAUUAGCGUGGCGUACCUGCUGUCGGAUGAGUUUUUGGCCAUGGCAAAGGAGAGCACCGGCAAGGUUGACCCCAAAUUCUACGACAUGGAGUCGGGGUUCUUCUACGGCGACAGGCCCAUCGGGAAAGACAUGCCCUGCCCUCGUGACGGAAGACCCGGGUGUGCGCUGGUCGAUGCCCUGCCUGCAAGACAUCGGGGUGUCGCAACGCAUUUCUUGUCAUGGACCUGGGCCUACUCCGUGGGGCAGAUCCGCAGUGCCUUGGGCGCGUGGAUUGCGCAAGAGGGCUUGGAGGCUUCGGAGGUCUUUCUCUACAUGUGCUUCUUCGCGAACAACCAAUACAGGAUACUGAUCGAGCAGUCCGGCGCGGGCAGCGACAACUUAGAGUUCAUCUUCGAAGGCAACUUGCGGCGCAUUGGUAGCAUGGUGGCGCUGCUCGACACCUGGAACAGCCCGGUUUACUUGACCCGAGUCUGGACCAUCUUCGAGCAGUUCAUGGCCAUCAAGUUGAGAAUCCCUGUGCGUAUUAUUAUGCCCUCGGAGGCUCAGCGAGGACUCAUGGAGCAGAUUGGGCGUGGGAACGAAGGUCUCAACCGGCUGUGUGAUUCCCUUGGGACUGUUGAUUCGGAAAAGGCUGAGGCAUCCAACCCAAAGGAUUCGGCAAAGGUCAAGCACUUGAUACGCAACUCAGUCGGGUCGUUCAAGGGCGUUGACGCCCAAGUGCGGGCAUUCAUGCUUGAUUGGGUCGGCAAGGCCGUAAUCAACCACUUGGACGGAAUCAUCAACACCCGGAAAGUAUCAGACAGCCACAAGGUCACAAGCCUGUGA